CAGACAGGAGUCACUGUGGUGUAGAGUCAGGUAUAUUUCAGAGGCAGUGUUCUAGUUUAUUCCAUUCCCCAUUUCAGAAAUGAGAGACUCAGAAGGCCUAGCUUUCAGUCCUCAGCCCACAGCUAUAUGUUAGACAUGGCUACAGAGUGAAACUGCUUUCUAAUGGGCACUACCUCAUUAAGGGUUGUUGGGGGAAUGGAGCUUCUACUAGUUGCCAGGGGACAAUUCUGAUUUGCAUGGGAAACUGGUGAAUUGCAAGCCUGUGUUGGCUAAUGUUGACGAAAGGUCCUACAGUUCCUUGACCUCAUUAUUCAUGAUGACCUUCCAAUAGUACAUUCUCUUUGUAUUCCUCCACCAAAAAUUCCUCCACUUUACCCUCAAAAAUUUUGCUGUAUCCCACUGUAAUAUCAAAACAAUAAAUAUUUGACAUUAUAUUGGAAGAAGAUACUGAUGAAAUGAAAUGCCUGUAUCUCAGCUGUUUCUGCAGGAGUAACUAGAAUUAAGCAAAACAUUAAAUUACAAAAGCAGUAAUACCAUUGCACUGCCAAAGGGCAAUUCUGCCUCCAGUUCCACAGAGGAGGAUUAGACCCACUACUAACAAACAACAUCAGUCAAGGGCCAAAAAAAGAUGAAGUCUUUAGUCUAGCAGACAAGGGUGGGUUUUGUCUCCAUGGCUAGGAAGUUGAGUUAUUAUGUAACAAACAAGCUUGAAAGUUAUAUCCAUGGUGAGGGUGUAAGGUUACAGGAAGAGCUUACCAUGUAGCAGGCAGAGUUUAGGACUCAUGGCCUAAGCUUCAUACUUAAAGGAAAUAAGGGACUGACUCCCUUUUAGAAGAAGAGAACGAAGCAGUACUUGAUGACUGUUUCUAGCAAGGAUGAAGGAAAACUAUGGAAUGCCUAGGAUAAAAGCGUAUUUGCUAGCCAGUUUGUUCCUGUCCUUUAUUCUACCUGUACUUGCUCAGAAUCCAGGAAUCAUCCACAUCAGUCCAGAAAAAGGAGGGGAUUACUGCUUCCUCUUCCCUUCACAAUGGAUGAGAUCUUAUCAGGGAGAGAGCAAAAACCACUGGCUCAGCCUUGAGCGGUCGACUCAGAAUCUCACUUACUCUGCCAUGUGCUGCCUGCCUUCAUUCUUUGGAGAGGAUGACAAUGAUGGUGGUGGAUUAAGCACAAGAAUUGCAUCUGUGCGGGAAGGCAACUGCAAUCUCUAUGAGAAUGCCAGACUCCAUCAAAUUAAUGGGACACAGGGACUAUUGACUCUCGGUGGAGAUGCUCCAUAUCCCAUUAGAAGUCGGCAAUCUGGAUACAACUGGGGUCACUGUGAGGAGAUUACUAUCCCAGGGGUUCUGCUCAGUGAUCUGGGCAUUCUCUACUUACUUCUCAAGAAAUUGUUCGUGGACUCGCUAUGCAAAAGUGGGAUCAUCUAUUUGAUGUCAAUGGGCAUAGUCAUUAUAGGAAGCUACUGGGCAGGAAGCACAGAGAAACAGAAGCAACAAUGUAUCAAAAACAGAAAAGAAGGUUUUGGUGAGAUAACAGUUGAUACCAAUAUCUACUUCACGUGUAUUUGUGCAGUGAUGGUUUCCUUCAUGCUUCUUGCUCUCUACUCUUUCUAUGAUUACCUGGUGCACGCAAUGAUUGGCAUUUUCUGUCUAUAUGCAUCUUUUAGCCUAUACUGUUGUUUGGCUCCAUUUAUAAGCAAGCUCCCAUUUGGAAAACACCUAAUCCAUUUUCCGUAUUUUCACAAAGAUCUAGAGGCCAAAACAAUGCUUCUAGCAGUGCUGUGUAUGUUUGUCAAUGCAAUCUGGGUUAUCUUCAGAAAUAAAGAGUGGAGCUGGAUUUUGCAGGACAUUUUAGGAAUCUCCAUUGGCAUUUACAUUCUCAAGACAGUCCACAUGCCUACCUUAAGGAACUGUAGUUUGUUUCUGUUUGCUCAUUUGUUUUAUGAUGUAUUCUGUUUGUUCGUCACGCCUUUCCUAACCAAAACAGGAAGAAGUGUCACAGACAUGACAGCUUUCAAGUCAUCUGACUCUGAAGAGAUCCCCUUUCUGUUGAAAGUACCAAUACUACCCUCAGCAUCAAUCCUGGAUGAUAGCUCUUUUACUGCUGUAGGGCUUGGGGAUAUUGUACUUCCAGGCUUUCUAGUAGCAUACUGCAACAGAUUUGAUAUGCAAGUGAACUCUUCAGGGAUCUAUUUUCUAGCAUCUACUCUGGCAUACAGUUAUGGCCUCAUAGUUACUUUUCUUGCAGCAUCAUUUUUGCAAGCCAGUCAGUCAACCCUCCUUUACUUGGUGCCCUGUAUACUCAUCACUACCCUGGCUGUUGCUGCUUCUCGCAAAGAGGUGAUCAUUUUUUGGUCAGGUAUGAGCUCUGCAGAUGACCUAUCUCAACCUUCUUUGCAAAAUAUGCUGAAGGAUUCAGAGGGACAACUUGCUCAACAAGGAGGGAAAAAAACAAAUUAUGAACAUCACAUUCCAGAAGGAAGAACUUACUAGCAACAGCAUAUUCCCUGAAGAGUUAUCUAACCUGAUAACACAUACUGAAUUGAUAAUUAAUUGCAUGCCAAGUCAUGAAAAGC